AUGGAAGCCCUCGGUGCUUUUGCCAGUGUUGUCACCAUCGUGGGGUUAAUAAGACCAACAGCCAAUUUCGUCAAAUCUCUCAGAGGAAUCACCUCCGACGACGGCCAUGUCGCCAAAGAAAUUGAAAGAAUGGCGAGCGGAAUACAGGCAUCGGCUAACAGUAUAGACGUUUCUCUGAAAGCGCUUAAAGGCCAUGCAUCAAAGCUUGAGAAGAUGCAGCGAGCUCCGUCAGAAGUCCUACAGUACAUUAUCGACAACAAGUCCCUGGACCUCAUCGUUUCUAGUACAGAAUCCAUCAGAAAGCAAAUGAGGCAUACAACACGGGACCUUAACGAUACGAAUAAUCGAUCCAAAAUCUUAAGAAAGAUCAGCUGGCUUUUGCUGGAUAAAAUGGAAGUUGAAUCAUUAUUUCCCGAAAUGCAGCUCGUCGCAUCUAGUCUUAACCUCGUUUGCCCAAUCAUCGGACUGGAGAUAAAUCGAUAUUUACUCAAUAAAUCCUCCGGCGAGGUGGCGGAGUGCCUGAAGCAGGAGAUAGUGUACGGCGAACUGGUUCGACACCCCGAUCUGACAGAGCACCUGCCGUCCCAUAGUGUCACAGUGCCUCGCGGAGUCCCAUCGGAGGCAAUACGGCAUACAUCCAGUAGCCCUGAGUCUUUUCGACCUCACUCAGCCGUUCCAUCAUCAUCGCCACAGACCCCAGACACGCCUGCGACUCCGCAAAGCCCUGAUGUGCCCAAGUCGCCGAGAAUAGACACCUCGGCACGUACGGUUGGUCCACGCGAGGGAGUUGUCCGAGCCAUUGAAGGGCAUUUAAUCAACAACGGGAAAGCUAUGCCAGUGAAAAGCGCCAUGAUUGAUUACCUCGGAUCCUUCAAUUACAUCUCAGUCAAAACAGCGACUCAGCUUGGCCUUGAUAUUCAGGAGCUUGACCCUGGUGAACAUAGUCACACGCAAGACGGGGAACAUGUGAGGAUACUGCCUGGGAAGGUGAUUGGAAAGGUUACAGGUGUAGGAUGGAGAAAAUCAGGAUGGAGAAAGCCUAUCCCAGUUGAGUUCCUGGUCAAGGAUUCUUACCGCGGUAGGAUGUAUGAACAUGUCGCUUUUGGGAUGGUAUUUGCCUCCGAUUUCGACGCGGCUGGGGGAGGCAGUUGA